CAAACUCUAGAUUUACCAAUCUCCACAACAUCAACAUGGUAUCUAAAUUAGAUGAAAAGACUCUGGACGAGGCUUUUCAAAGCCGACCAGAUCUUCGACAAGCCAUUCGACUCGCAGCAGGUAAGUCUACUAUAUCUCCAGCCUUGUCGCAACAUCUUCAGGCGCAGAAGUAUGCAUAUUUCAAGCAAAGCGGAAAUUAACUUCUUCUUUUCUGCAGUGGGAGAUAACUAUAUCGAAUUAUUCAAUCAAAUUUCCAUUUACGUAUCCAGCCUUAAUUCGGCAUCCUCAGAACCCGCAUCCAAAAAACGUCGUUUAGAUGAGGGAAUCGCAUCAAGACCAGCGGCAAAUGGCACGUCCAAUGGAAUCGCCCCAGCGACGAGCAGUGAUAAAGUUCUGCUAGAAAUCAAAGAAAUAUCUGUAGUCGUUCCCCAGCGCAAAAAAUAUACUUUAUGUUUCACAUCUACACACCUAUACGCUCGUCUGCCAAAUUCCCCAGAACCAGUUGAGGGCAUAAGCUAUGUAUGGAAGGAUAUUGGUAUGAUCCUUAGUCUUUGCCUUUACUUUUAAAGGAUGUAUGCUAAUUGCUGAAAUCAAGAAUACGCAUUCUGUCUCCCAGUCCCUGAAAAGACCCAGAAACAGUAUAAUUACGUCUUCUUCCUUCGAUCUUCAAACAUCACACCUUCAAAGCCGUCCUCGGGCAGCUCUCCCGCUGUCGAACCCCUCGUCUUCACAAUCGCCGACAGCGCACCCAAAGCAGGCACAAUCGGUGGUUCAGAAGCAACAGCCGCAUUAACAGUAUCAGAUGAUUACAAGUCUCUCUUCGAUUGGGUAAUAUCUACACGAUUAAAGGCCGUCGGACGAUCGAAUCUAAAAAUCAUACAAGCAGACUCGAAAUUAUUCUCUUCAGAACAGAGACAACCUCAUAGACCGGGUGAAAAGGCCGUGUUUGUCAAGGCAUUCCGCGGUUCAAAGGAUGGAUACCUCUUCUUCCUUCCCGUAGGAAUUCUCUGGGCCUUCAAGAAACCCCUUCAAUUCCUGCCACAUGAACGUAUCCAAGCAGUGAGCUACACAAACGUCCUGCAACGCACAUUCAACCUCAACAUCGAAGUUGAUAUGAGUUCCUCCACCGCGGACGGAACCGUAGAAGACAGCCAAGAGGAAUUCGAAUUCAGUAUGCUCGACCAAGUUGACUUUGAUGGAAUCGAUACGUUCAUUAAACGCCAUGGACUACAGGACAAGAGUAUGGCUGAGCAGAGGAAGGCCAAGAGGUUGAAUGUCAAUGUUGUGAAGGACGAGGAGGGAAACGUGGUCGGUAAUGCGGAAGCAGGAGAGUUGGAAAAAGCCGCCGCGGAGGCUGAACAGGCUGCGAUGGAUGAAGAAGAUGAGGAUGAGGAAGAUUACGAUCCUGGUAGUGAGGGGGAGAGUGAGGGUUCUGGGACGAGUAGUGAGGAGGAAGAUGAGGAUGGGGAAGGGGGUGGUGAGGACGACGAUGACGAUGACGAUGAGGAAGAUGAAUUGUGAUUUUGAGGGACAUUUUGGGGUUGCAAAAAGUACGGUACAUUAGCACGGGUUUUAUGAGCUUUAUGACUUCAACUUAUAGGGGCGCACAGGCGUUGAGAUCCCAGA